CUUCAGCGCGAGCUGGACGCAGACCGACAAAACACCGGCAGCACGAGCGACACCGAGGCGGCCAGCGGGGCGGAGAGGAGGAGGUACCUGCACCGCUACUCUUUCUCCUCCGCCGUCCUCCUCCUCCGUCGUCGUCGUCUCUCUCCCUCUCUUGUCUCCGUGCUCCUCACCCCCCGUUCCUCUCGGACCGCCGCCGCCGCUUCCUCGUUAAGAUGGCUGACCCCAACAGCGACGGAGAGGCACCGGAGAGCGCGCGCGGCUUCGCCCGACAGGGAGCCCUCCGCCAGAAGAACGUGCACGAGGUGAAGAACCACAAGUUCAUCGCGCGCUUCUUCAAGCAGCCCACCUUCUGCAGCCACUGCACGGACUUCAUCUGGGGCUUUGGGAAACAGGGAUUCCAGUGCCAAGUGUGCUGUUUUGUGGUCCAUAAGCGCUGUCAUGAAUUUGUCACCUUUUCCUGUCCGGGGGCCGACAAGGGACCUGCAUCGGAUGAUCCUCGUAGUAAACACAAGUUUAAGGUCCACACCUACUCCAGCCCGACCUUCUGCGACCACUGUGGCUCCCUCCUCUACGGGCUGAUACACCAGGGCAUGAAAUGUGACCACUGUAUGAUGAACAUCCACAAGCGGUGUGUGGCCAACGUGCCGAGCCUGUGCGGGACGGAUCACACCGAGAGGAGAGGACGCAUCCAGAUCUCUGCCCAGAUCACCGACGACACUCUCAACGUCACCAUCAAAGAGGCGAGGAACCUGGUACCCAUGGACCCCAACGGCCUGUCAGACCCCUACGUCAAGCUCAAGCUGAUCCCAGAUCCAAAGAGUGAGAGCAAGCAGAAGACCAAGACCAUCAAAUGUUGCCUCAACCCCACCUGGAACGAGAACUUCACCUUCAACCUAAAAGAAACUGACAAAGACCGCCGUCUAUCAGUGGAGGUCUGGGACUGGGAUCUGACCAGCAGGAAUGACUUCAUGGGGUCCCUGUCCUUUGGGAUCUCAGAGCUACAGAAACAGGGCAUAGAUGGAUGGUUUAAGAUGCUGUCCCAGGAGGAAGGAGAAUACUUUAAUGUUCCUGUCCAGCCAGAUGGAGAAGACGGUAACGAGGAGCUACGACAAAAGUUUGAGAGGGCGAGGGUGGGUCCAGGGAAGCCCACAGACUCUUCUUCUUCCUCUUCUGUGUGCAAGUAUGACAGCAAUGGCAAUCAGGACCGGGUCAAGCUCUCGGACUUCAACUUCAUCAUGGUUUUGGGCAAGGGCAGCUUUGGCAAGGUGAUGCUGGCUGAGAGGAAGGGCACAGACGAGUUGUACGCCAUCAAAAUCCUGAAGAAGGACGUGGUGAUCCAGGACGACGACGUGGAGUGCACCAUGGUGGAGAAGAGAGUCCUCGCUUUGGCCGGGAAACCACCGUUCCUCACUCAGCUGCACUCCUGUUUCCAAACCAUGGACCGAUUGUAUUUUGUCAUGGAGUAUAUAAAUGGAGGAGACCUUAUGUACCAGAUCCAACAGGUCGGCAAGUUCAAGGAACCUCAUGCUGUGUUCUAUGCUGCAGAGAUCGCCAUUGGACUUUUCUUCCUUCACUCCAAAGGCAUCGUGUACCGGGAUCUGAAGCUGGACAACGUGAUGCUGGACGCUGAAGGCCAUAUAAAGAUAGCCGACUUCGGCAUGUGCAAAGAGAACAUGUUAGAUGGAAUAACCACAAAGACGUUUUGUGGAACACCGGAUUACAUCGCUCCAGAGAUCAUAGCUUAUCAGCCUUAUGGGAAGUCUGUGGACUGGUGGGCCUUCGGAGUACUGCUGUAUGAAAUGCUUGCUGGACAGCCACCUUUUGAUGGGGAGGAUGAAGACGAGCUGUUCCAGUCAAUCAUGGAGCAUCACGUCUCUUACCCUAAAUCCAUGUCCAAAGAAGCUGUUGCUAUCUGCAAGGGGCUCAUGACCAAGCACCCAGGUAAGCGUCUGGGCUGCGGUCCAGAGGGGGAGAGAGACAUCAAGGAGCACGCCUUCUUCCGCUAUAUAGACUGGGAAAAACUGGAGAAUAAAGAGGUCCAGCCACCUUUCAAACCUAAAGCUUGUGGGCGUGAUGCGGAGAACUUUGAUCGCUUUUUCACACGCCACCUCCCCGAGCUGACCCCCCCAGAUCAGGAGCUUAUAGCCAACCUGGACCAGGAAGAAUUCCAAGGCUUCUCAUUUGUUAACCCUGAGUACCCUCACACAACUCACUGACCAUGCCACAUAUCACUGGGCUGCACUAGUAAUCCCCCACACCUCAGAAACAUACAAAAUAAAACAAACUGACAAAAAAAAAAUCACCGUGAUGUCAUAUCCAGGCUGCAUUCGGCAGGUUGAAACCUUGACCCAUUAAGGCCUAAAACGCCUGUAAAAAAACGCCUGUAAAACCUCUGGACGAGUUUAAAAUAACCCCCUAAAAUGUGAAGUUUUUCUGGAAAUUCAACAGAAGUGUCAACGCUUCUACUAAAUAAUAGAUUUUUCAACCUCUGUAGCAGAUAGAAAUGAAAUUCAAAAAGUAUUUGAGAGCUUAUACAAAUACUACAAAACGACGUAUCCGCUUUCCCGGCUUUACUGGGUUAAAGGAAUAGUUUUGGGAAAUACAGUUUUUAUUCUGAGACGGAUAAGGAGAUCGAUAUAAAUCACAUGUUUGUGAAUAAAGUACAGAGCUGGAGCCAGAAGGUGAUUAAACCAGUUUAACAUGAGUUUGCCGAUUUCCACCAGUGAAAGAAAGAGAAGAAAAGAUCCUCUAAGUCAUUAUAAUAAGCAACUUUCUCCAAAUAAUGACUUAAGUUAAUUUCUAUCACUUAUAAUGCAACAUGAGAUUUUUUUUCCCGAACAUUGGCUUCUCAAAAUAAUGAUUACGAUGACUAAUAAUGUCAUUAUUAGUCCAAGUCAUUAUUUUGAAAUUAUUUUUUAGAUAUCCAAUCCACUUUAUUUGUAUCGCACAUUUAAACAACACAAACGUCUCCAAAGUGCUGUACAUAAAAUCAACAAUAAAACAAACAAUUCCAUAUACCAAUCAGCAAUAAAUAAUAAGUGUAUAAAUCUAAAAUGAUGCCACAAAUAAAACAAUACAAUCAAACAGAUAAACAUAGUAAAAUAAAAUAAAAGACGCAGUUAAAAGUAGUAAAAUAAAUAAAAUAAAGAGAGAUACAUACAAAAGAUACAUUAGUUUGAGAUAUGAAGUCAAUAUUUUUGUGAGUUUCUCAUUAUUUUGAGCACAUUUCUCAUCAUUUUUGGGAAAAUGUCUCAUUAUUUUGAUACUUAGUCAUUAUUUCAAGAAAGUUUUCUAUUAUAUAAUCCCCCCCAGUCACAUAGAACAUUAACCUUGCAAGAUCACAGGAUCACAAAUCCAUCUCGCCAGGCUUCAAGUGUUGCGUUUGUGUCAAAACGACCACCAAUCAGUGUCUUCUGAGGAUUUACAGGCGGCUAGUAAGUGUGUAACACACAGAGAGAUGACUGUUGGUUCAAAACAGGAAUGUUGGCUCCUAACAGGGUUAUCGUACAUGCAGCAACAGCAUCAACUGCAGAGUAUUUCUGCAUGAACAGCACUAAAGGACAGAUGAUUCAUCUAAUCACCCACCAGUUAUUUCUUGAAAAUGUCCGCCUUUUUACAAACCGUCUCCAAUGACGCUUGAUGCAGCACCUCUAAAGCUCACCACUGGACAUUUUGUGUGUAGUCCUUAUGGUAAAAAAAAUGCACACAUUGUUCUUUACAUGUUUCACUGUGCGU